AUGUCGGUAGCAGUUGGCCAAACCUGCAACGUAAACCGACAAAACAAAGGAUUUACCGCCAUCGAUGUCAAGCUCUUGCACACAGACAUAGAAAUUGACCAUGCUCAAGAUUCGUGCAACCCCGAUGAAUUUGGUUUUGAAGACUCAUGUUAUUACAUAAGUACCAAUUCAGGAUCUUGGGAUGCCGGAGUUACAGAAUGUUCUAGUUUGGGUUAUUAUCUUGCUGAAAUUGAUAGUUUUGACGAACACCAAUCUAUUAUAAAUUAUAUACAGGGUGAUCCUAACUUGAACAACAACAAACAAUUGUGGGUUGGAGCAACAUCUCUCCCUGACGGCAUCUGGCAUUGGAAUUCAGGGGCCAACCUAACGUACACUGACCUGUGGAUUGCUGGUCGUCCAGUAGCUGCCCCACAUCCUACAAUUUUGAGAACUGUCAAUCCUACUACGAAGAUACAAGCAACUGACACAGAAUUAACAACAGAGAGAACUACAUCACAAAAUGCAACUGGACCAGCUACACCUGUUACUGAGAUAUCAUCACCGUUAUACACCACAGAUGAAAAUGUACACACUCGUGCAACAGACUUAACAACUCUACAUGAACUUACAGCACCUGAAACAACUGUAGAUUCCACCAUGACAACUACGCUUGGUAAUACAAUGGAAUUGGCUAACGAAUCAACAAGUGAACCACAGGCUACAAUUGUACAUAGCACUGUUAGCCCUACUACAAAGAUACAAUCUACUGGCACAGAAUUAACAGGGAGAAUGACAUCAGCAAGUACUACACAACAACUUACAACUGGGUCAGUCGAUGCAAGUUCAACUGCAGCUGCAACAGCUGUGGCCUCCACGAAGAUCGCAACUGAAAUACCGUUUCCAAACAUAUUAACACUAUCAUAUGCAGGCGAUCCUAACUUGAUUAAUGAAAAUAAACUGUGGGUCGGAGCAACAUCUCUCCCUGACGGUGUCUGGCAUUGGAAUUCAGGGACCAACCUAACGUACACUGACCUGUGGGAUGCAGGUCGACCAGUAGCUGGUGGGGGUCGGGAGUGUGGUAUAUUGGAAAGCAAAUCACAAUAUAAUAUGAAAGAUAUCAGAUGUAACACGAAUAGUUUUCCUAUAUGUGAAAGAAAUAUCGCGCUACAACCAACAUCUACGUAUACGAGAAAAAUAACAACUGCCGAGAUUACAUCUGCCACAGAGGUUAACCGAAAAAUAACAACUCCUGAAAUUCCUACAAAUAGUACGUUUGAAACACCAACAAGGAUGACAACAGUGACUGAAACCACAACAAAUAUUACAACUGCAAACACUAGUACAACGAUUACUACUUCUGACACUCAUACGAAGAUUCUUCUAGAGACGACUGAAACGAUUACAACUCCAAACCCUCAUACACAUUUUACAAGUCCCAAACCACCUACUAAGUUUGUAACUCCGGGAACGCCCACAAACACCACAACUCUUGAUACGCCCAUUACAAUAAUAAAUUCCAAAACUCCUACAAAGUUUUUAAAUCAAGGAACCGCUACAAAGGUUACAACUCAUGAAUUUCUUACAAAGAUUACAACGUCAGAAACUCCUAGAAAGAUUCCAACUUCUGAAAUUCCUACAAAUAUUACAAAUCCAGAUACCCCUACAGAGAUUGCAACUUUAGAUAUUCCUACAAAUACUACAACCCCUGAAACUCUUACAAAUAUUACAAUUGCAGAUAUUUAUACAAAAAUUACAACUUCAGAACUUCCAAAAACGAUUACAGCUUCUAAAAUGCCCAUAACUAUCUCAACUCCUCAAACUUCCUUUGACAUAAGUUCUGAAACUCCUACACAGUCUUUAAAUCCAGAAUAUCCUACAACGAUUAUAACUCCUAAAAGGCCUACGAAAAUCACAAUUUUUAACACUUCCGUUACAACAAGGAAUUCCAAAACUCCUACAUUUUUUUUUACUCCAGAAGCUCCUACAAAGCUUGCAACUUCAGAAAUUCCUACAAAGAUUACAACCUCAGAAAGUCCUACAAAGACUGCAACUCCAGAAACUCCCGGAAAAAUCACAACUCCUGAAAAUCCUACAACGAUUAUAACUCCAGAAAAGCCCACGAAAAUAACAGCUUUUAGCACUUCCGUUACAACAAGGAAUUCCGAAACUCCUACAAAAUUUUUAACUCCAGAAGCUUCUACAAAGCUUGCAACUUCAGAAAUUUCUACAAAGAUUACAACCUCACAAAUACCCACAAAGAUUGCAACUCCAGAAACUCCCGGAAAAAUCACAACUCCUGAAAAUCCUACAACGAUUAUAACUCCAGAAAGGCCCACGAAAAUCACAACUUUUAGCACUUCCGUUACAACAAGCAACUCCAAACGUCCUACAAGAAUUACAACUCCAGAUCUUUCUACAAAAAUUACAGCUUCAGAAAUUCCUACAAAAAGUCCAGAACCUCUUACAAAGUUUACAACUCCAGAAAUUCCUGCAAAAAUAACAGAAACACAUACAAACUCGAAAACCAGACUGCAAACAACUCUUGAGUCGACUGGGUCAUUGUAUACUACAGAGAUUCAACUUAUUUCAGAAAACACAUCCCUUAUUCCUACCACAAUGAUACUAACUCCUAGUUCUAGUGAAGAUAACACAACGGAACAACUAACAUUAGAAACGGCUUAUAUUAAUACAACCACAGACGCUCUGGACAACAUCACCAAGAUAUCUGGUAUAAUAGCAAUUGUGGCUGUUGUUAUUACAUUUUGUGCCUUGCCGUCAAUCGUUUUAUUAUUCAGAAGAAUACGUAAACGUAAGAAGAAACUUAUGAAGGAUAUAAAUGAAGAGCGCCACUAUAUCGAAAUGGUACAUAAAUCACCGUAUUCAUGGAUAAAUAUGACAGGCGAAUCUUAUACUACCGUAGAUCCGGGUUGCCGAGCCUUUACCUGCAGCAACCCAUGGCAUCCAAUGAAUGGAGAACUCGUCAAUAUGGACAGCAUAAGAUUUCCUGUUGAUCCGGGCACAACAGUUGACUUCACCUGCUGUGCUGGUUUUGAACCCCUGGGUGGUGUCGACCGUAUGACUUGCAUGGAAGAUGCUUCGGGUUCGUUCUGGCAGCCAAGCGAAGUCAUAUGCGAUAUAAUUUGUAACGCUGAUGAAAUCAAGACUGGACUAACUUGCUAUUAUAUAAGUCCUAAGAAAGGAUCCUGGGACGAUGGUGUUGCGGAGUGUACAAAUUUAGGUUACUACGCAGCAAUAGUUGACAGUUUUGACGAGCACCAAAUUUUAAUCGAUAUUCUCCAAAAUCGGAAGGGUAUAAGAUACUGGGUUGGGGCAACUGCUGUUCCUGAUGGGAUUUGGCGUUGGCAUUCCGGAGACCCUAUAACAUAUACUCAAAUAUGGGAACCUGGUAAUCCAUCAGAUGCGCAGCAACAAUGUGGCGUCCUUACAAAACAAGGAGGAUAUUAUAUGUCCGAUGUCCCCUGCGGAACAACAAGUGUAUUUAUAUGCGAACGAAGUGGUCUAAUAACCUGUGAUGACCCCGGUAUACCAGCUAAUGGCGAACUACUAACCCCGGUGAUUUUUCCAGCUGACUAUUUUCAAAUACUCACAUUCAAUUGUCUUCCUGGUUUCCAGCUGAUUGGUGACAUGUCAAUUAUUUGUGGUGUAGGGCUAUGCAGUGCUGCAUACAACUGGAAUAACACAAUACCGGAAUGUGUUAAAAUAGAAACAACCACAAGAAAAACUACUAUGGUGACAUUUCAGGAUACUACAAUAACAAGUACUGACACUACAACACAUAUAAAACCUGUAUCUACAACAAGUAUAACAAUACCUGAGUCUACUACAGAGGUAGCAAUGCAAAUAUCUAGCACAGAAAUAGCACCAGCAGACCUAACUACAAAGAUAUCAACGCCAGAAUCUUCCAGAGAUAUGUCAACAUAUGAUUCAUUGACAUUACCUGGGAGUACACCACUGAUAACACUCCCAGCUUCUAUCACCUUAACAAGCCAUGAACCACGCACCGUAAUAUCAAAACCACAAUCAACCACAAUGAUAACCUUGUCAGAAUAUGCCACAGAGAUAACAAAAACAGAAUCUAUUUCACAGCCGCAAUCUAGCGCAGAGGUAACAACACCUGAACCAACAAUAGAGAUGACUAUUCCCGAAUCUACCUCUGUGAUAGCACCUUCUGAAUCUACAAUAAUAACAACAUCUGAAUCUUCCAGAAUAAUUACAUCACCUGAUUCCACUAGGAGGAUGAGAACAUUUGAACAUUCCACAGAUAUAUCAUCAUCGGAUUCAACAAUACCUCAUAUCCCCGCCACAGGCAAAAUAACUACUGAAUCUACCACGAAGUUGGGAACACUUCUAUCAUCUACAUUUUCAGUAUCUGCCAGGCCUUUAACUAGCACAAAGUUAGCAAUGCUCGAGUCCACUAUAAUGGGAACAACACCUGAACCUACAACAAAACCGCCAACAGCGAUACCUGUAUGUUCAAAUGAUUCUUGCAAAAAUGAUGGCAAAUGUUUUGUUAUAUACUCAAACAACACAAUUUCAUGCAGUUGUCAGGAGGGUUUUGCUGGUCCACGAUGUGAAUAUCCAAUUGAUAUACUAAUUGAUGCUGUACCAUCGUAUCCCCUUGAUCCUAUUAUCGAAGUAUCUGCAGGAGUAACCAUUGUAGCUCUGAUUAUCACAUUAUGUGCUAUACCAUCAGCUAUUAUAGUGAUCAGAAGAGUACGAAAGCGUAAGAAGAAACACAUGUUAAAGAUGAACGCUGACAGUUUUUACCCAUACAGCAUCGAUGCGAUUGGUCCACUAUAUGAAUGGCAAGUGAGAAAUGGUACAUACACAUCGAAUCCAGCCCCUCCGGAUGACUGA